GAAUUUUGAAGCAACGGUUUUUGAAGAAUGUUCAUUUCAGUUGAGUUGAAAUAACGUUUGGAAAAUAUAUUUAGAAUAUUUUACAUUGGCAAAUAGUGGUAGGGUUAUUUAAAUUUUUAAAUUAGUUAAAAGUUUACAACAAAACGGCCGUCGCCGUCUAGAAAACAAAGGUGUGUGUACUCGUAGGUACACAAUGGCGCCAACAAGGUUGGCAUCGAAGUCGACCGGCGUCAAUGAGAACAUCAACAGCAUCAUGAACCAAGGUAUCACGACGAGGAGUAAGCAGAUGGCUACUCUAAAAGCAUAUAAAGAUAAUUUAAAAGUUACAAACAAAAGGAAAGCCGAUAGUCCCUUGAAAAAUAUGACUGCAAAGAGGGCAGCCUUUGGGGACAUUACGAAUGCCUUCAAUAAGGCUACAGCAGCCAACGACAAAGUUUCGGCGCUGAAAAAAGUAACGGUGGAAAGCAAAUUGCUACCAACAGUAAAGAGCAUCAAACCCCAGCCAACUAUAGUCAACAACAAAACAACCAAAAGUAAACAAAUUCAAAAGGCAGCCACAAAUGCCUUGGAAUCAAUUCAGAAACAUUUUACUAAGGAUCCACCUAAGCCGGUUGCAACACGGGCUAAAAAUGGAAUACUAAAGAACAUUGAAAGAAAAUCUAUUGGCAAUGAAAACAAAGAACAGAACCAAAGCCAGAACUCAACAAAAUCUGGCAGAAGUGAUGUGUCUGGAGAGCCGUCCCUAUAUGUUACUGCUUUGGAAAAUAUAACUCCAUCUGACAUAACAAAAGAAGAAUACAAAGCAAUCAGUGAGAAGCUGAACAAGGUGAACCUCGAUGAGACACUAAACAGGUCAUUAGACGAGGAGAGUGAGGAGCCUCACUGUGCGCCCGACGGCGUCGCUGACAUCGACCGCGAGAACUGGAACGACCCCUUCCAGGUCGCUAACUACGCCAUGGAUAUUUUCAAUUACCUGAAGACUAGGGAGCGUUUGUUCCCCAUUGAUGAUUACCUCCAACGACUAAAUGACAUUUCGGCAUGGAUGAGGUCACUCCUCGUGGACUGGAUGGUGGAGGUGCAGGAGAGCUUUGAGCUGAACCACGAGACGCUUUACCUGGCCGUCAAGCUGGUGGACCUCUUCCUCACCAGGUCCACUAAGAUGAAGCCGGCGAGGGAGCCUCUGACUAAGGAAGAACUGCAGCUGCUGGGAGCUUCCGCACUCUUCAUUGCCUCCAAGUUUGAUGAGCGCAUUCCGCCGACGGUGGACGAUUUCCUGUACAUCUGCGACGGCGCGUACACGCUGGCGCAGCUGCUCAAGAUGGAGAUCACCAUCCUCAGGGUGGUGGACUUCGACCUCGGCAUCCCCCUCUCCUACAGCUUCCUCAGGCGGUACGCCAGGUGCGCGCGCGUGUCGAUGCCGACGCUGACGCUGGCGCGGUUCGUGCUGGAGCAGUGCCUGCUGGAGUACGGGCUGGUGGCGCACUCCGACAGCAAGAUGGCCGCCGCCGCGCUCUACAUCGCGCUGCGCAUCAAGUCGCUCGGCUCCUGGACACCGGCGCUGCAGUACUACACAGGUUACAGUUUAGAGGAGAUACUGCCGGUGGCGCUGGCGCAGAACGCGGCGCUGCACAAGAAGCCCAAGUCGGCCAUCAGCACCGUGCGCAACAAGUACUCGCACACCACGUUCUUCGAGGUGGCCAAGCUGCCGCUGGUGGCGGACUGCGACCUCGCUGCCAGCCCCGCACCGCGCCCCAGCUGAGCCACACCGUAGUCUUGGGUAGUACACGUACGAUGUACUAAAAAGUAAUGUUACUCGGCACUGUACUAAAAGUAACGUUACCGAAUGGCUUCUGUAAAUCGGACAUUUGGCACUUUUUGUACACUACAUGAUAUAGGUGUUCGCCUGUUUCUUGUUUGAUUUGGUUCUAUAUUUGCCAGAUUGAAGCAUCCACCUUCGGUAAUCAGAAUCAAAAGUGGAUAAAACCAUUUAUAACUAAAAUUUAUUUACGAUAAUAACAUAUUUUUAACUAUGCUUAAAAUUUGAUGUGAAGUAAUCUGUAACACUCGUUAUAUUCUAUUAAUGUUAUUGUGUUCUCACAAAUCUGAAGGUACUAAAAGUGUGUACUAGUACAUUUUUCCAAUUGUACUAGCACGGUGCGCACUUGCAGAUGUCCGAUUAAGCCCAAGACUACCACACUGCACUCAGGUGGGUAACAAUUACUUAAAUUAGCCUAAUUAGUUAAUGUGCACUCACAAUGUAUUUAUACACUUGUAUGUUGGACGGUUUCUGGAUCGAGGAACUAUUUGUUAAUUAAUUUCAUAAAACAGUUGUAUUCAAUGUGAGAUGCCGCUUGUGCGCUUUAGUUUCACGGACUACAAUAGGUAUAAACUGUAAGAAACUUAAUUAAAUUAAUAAUUGUAGAUUUGUAAUGUUAUUGAUAAUUUGAUGUAUGUUAGUAAAAUGUUAGGAAUCCCGCAAAGACUUUCUGAAGUAAGAGAUUGUUAGCUUAAGUAGCAAUAACAUUAAAUUAAUAAAAAAAAUGGUCUAGCAAAAAAACUUAAAUUUUUGUUCAAGAUUGAGAUCCUAUUGAGAUAGGGAGCAUUUUUACUGUUGAUAUCGUAAUACUUUCGAUAUCGUAGAUUGGACGAAAUGGGACUACAAUCGGAAUGGACCAAUUAAAAUAAAAGCGUGUAACGUAAAUUGCCAUUUGCAUUUAAUAAUUUAUAUUGUGUGUUGUGUUUGUGAAGGUGGAACGUUGUGUGUGAACGUAAAUUGAGCCAUACGUAAUGGCCGCCACCGAAUAGACUCGAGGCUUCAUCCUCUAGAGAAACAAAGUUUCCAUAUUAAAUGUACCAAAAAAGACCAAAUCAUUUCUAUAACCUCCGUUAGCUAAUAUUGCUACGUUAUUUAACUUGCUGUUUCGAAUGCAUAAUAUUUUAAAUUCUCCCGCCUAUUUAUUUAUUAACAAUGUCAUAAUAAAACAUACAUUCAAAUUGGAAAAUUAAUCGUAGUAUUUUUAUAAUUCAUAUGAAAAUAUUGACUCACUGUUUGAAGAUCAGAGAUUAUUUAAUGAUACAAUAUGAAUUUGGUUUGAUUUUGUUGUGUGAAAGCGCGUUCGCGGAACAGUUUGAUAUGACAUGUAUUGUAGCAAACUUUGCUAACCAUUUUAAUUGUAAUUAUUAUUGCUAAUGGAUUUUGUAAUAAUUUAACUAUUAAUUGAUAUGAUUAUUGCGAGACGGAAUCUCUCCGUCGUCUUAUUUGUAAUUUAUUACAUUUUAAAGAGUACAAAAUAUUGGAAUGUUAUAAACGUUGUUCUCUAUUUGUAAGUUUUAGAAUAAUUUCGACUUUUAAUAUAACUGUUUAUUAUUUCAUUAUAUUGUUUGUCGUCUAUACAAAUAGCAUUAUUAAUGUAAACCUGUUCAGGUGUAAAUAAAAGUGAUUUUGGUUUGGUA